AUGUCAAAAAGGAAAAAAACUACUAGGGUAGUUGGUGCAAAAAGAGGAGGAAGAAAAAGGGGAGAAGAAAAGUUUCUUUUACUCCUCUCUUUUACUACCCCUCUUUCACUUGCCCCUCUUUUACUACCACUUUUUUACUACCCCUCUUUGACUUGCCCUCUUUUACUACCCUCUUUACUGCCCCUCUUUGACUUGCCCCUCUUUUACUACCCCUCAUUUACUACCCCUCUUUUACUUGCCCCUCUUUUACUUGCCCCUCUUUUACUACCCCUCUUUUACUUGCCCCUCUUUUACUUCCCUCUUUUACUGCCCCUUUUACUUGCCCCUCUUUUAAUCCCCUCUUUUAAUUGCUCCUCUUUUACUACCCUCAUUUACUACCCCUCUUUAAUUGCCCCUCUUUUACUUGCCCCUCUUUUACUUCCCCUCUUUUACUCCCCUCUUUUACUACCCUUCUUUUACUACUCCUCUUUUACUUGCCCCUCUUUUACUCUCCUCUUUUACUACCCCUCUUUUAAUUGCCCCUCUUUUACUACCCCUCUAUUACUACCCCUCUUUUACUACGCCUCUUUUACUUGCCCCUCUUUUACUUGGCCUUCUUUUACUCCCUUCUUUAACUACCGCUCUUCCCCUUGCCCUUUUACUCCCCUUUCUUUUUACUCCCCCUCUUUUACUUCCCCUCUUUUUACUUCCCCCCACUUUUACUUUCCCCCUUUUUUGCCUCUUUUACUCCCUCUUUUACUGCCCCUUUUACUUUUACCCUUUCUUUUACUUGCCCCUUUUACUUGCCCCCCUCUUUUUACUACCCCUCUUUUACUUGCCCCUUUUUUACUACCCCUCUUUUACUACCCCUCUUUACUUGCCACUCUUUUACUACCCCUUUUCUUGCCCCUUUUACUUGCCCCCUCUUUUUACUUGCCCCUCUUUUACUCCCCUCUUUUACUUGCCCUCUUUUCCCCUCUUUUUACUACCUUUCUUUUACUUGCCCCUCUUUUACUCCCGUCUUUUACUCCCCUCUUUUACUACCCCUCUUUUACUUGCCCCUCUUUUACUACCCCUCUUUUUGUGUCAACUACCGUAGUUUUUCUGUUUGUUCAUCAUUGA